AUGGCCCUCCUCGCACCUAUCAUCAGCGAUAACGGAAGCGGAUAUUCAAAGCUUGGGUUUGCGGGUAAUUCAGACCCAUCCUUCGUAUUUCCGACAGCAAUUGCUACGCGUGAGCAUGCCUCCACCACUGCUCAGUCCACGUCUCGCGGGCCUCCAGUGGCAGCAAAGCCCGGUCAUCUCGCGUCCAAGCGCGGUAUCGAGGAUCUGGAUUUCUUCAUCGGCGAUGAAGCCAUUGCCAACUCCAAGACCUACGGUGUGCACUACCCAAUUAGGCAUGGAAUGAUUGAGAACUGGGAUCAUAUGGAACGCUACUGGGAGCAAAGUAUCUUUAAGUAUCUACGCGCUGAACCUGAAGACCACUACUUCCUAUUGACCGAACCUCCCCUUAACGCGCCCGAGAACCGUGAACAAACGGCCGAGAUCUUCUUUGAGUCAUUCAACGUUCAAGGCCUUUACAUCGCAGUCCAAGCUGUACUCGCUCUGGCAGCUUCAUGGAGUUCGAAUAAGAGCAUGGAUCGCACCUUGACCGGAACUGUCAUUGAUUCUGGUGACGGUGUGACUCACGUUAUUCCGGUGGCAGAGGGCUAUGUCAUUGGUUCAGCUAUCAAACAUAUCCCUAUUGCCGGACGCGAUAUUACCAGUUUCGUUCAGACACUUCUUCGUGAGCGUGGAGAAACAGCCUCGAUUCCUCCGGAAGACCAGCUCCGCGUCGCUCAGAAAAUCAAGGAAGACUAUAGCUACGUAUGCCAGGACAUUGUGAAAGAAUUCCGCAAGUAUGAUGCCGAUCCCUACAAGUAUUUUGCUCGAUUCGAAGGUGAACAUAGUGUAACUGGCAGGCAAUACAGCAUUGACGUUGGAUUCGAACGCUUCCUUGCCCCCGAGAUCUUCUUCAACCCAGAAAUUGCAUCUAGUGACUUUCUUACGCCACUUCCAGAAGUUGUCGAUGGGGUCAUUCAACAGUCGCCUAUCGAUGUACGAAGGGGCCUGUACAAGAACAUCGUGCUUUCUGGUGGCUCUACCAUGUUCGAGCACUUCGGCCAACGGUUGAAGCGCGACUUGAAGCAACUUGUAGAUCGUCGCAUUAGUGCUAGUGAAGUUGCCAGUGGAUCUUUGCAACGCUCAUCUGGCAUGGAAGUCAACGUUAUUUCGCACAAGAGACAACGCUAUGCUGUUUGGUAUGGUGGUUCUCUGCUCGCAUCAUUGCCCGACUUCUACAACUCGUGCCACACUAAGGCCCAAUACGAGGAAAUCGGCCCCAGCAUUGCUCGUCGGUACCAGAUCUUUGGCAGUGUUAACUAA